AUGUGCUCUGCAUGGAAAUCUGAAUACGGCCACUCUGUCCUGAAGGCAAUCGAUUCAACUCUUGCUUGGAUAAAAGCCUCCGAAUACGAAAUGGUCCAGCUGAAUUGGCCAAGCCAUGUAUCUGUUAUGGAUGCCAAUCUAAAGAAAUUACUCAACCUGAUCGAUUCAAUACAAACUCAUUCAUUAAACAAGCAAUCCAGAUUGACUCCCGCGCGUCAGUCUCUGAUGGUACCGAUCAAACUAGCUGAAUCAAUCUUGCCAAUCAUCAAGUUAACGCGACUACUUUUCAAGAAGUUAUCAAGAUCGGGAAUCAGCAACAACACGAAAACGCCGUCACCAUACAUGGAGCUGUCCUCGGGGCAAUUACAAUCGGUCAAUCAAUUGUCUCAAUCGCUUGAUUGGGAUUGCGAAGAAUUACUGCGAGCCUUGAAGAGGUGUAAUGAUACGGUUAUCGGAGAUCCGGAUGUCGGAUCAGAUUCGGAAGAGGAAGAAAUGAUCGUCAAUGCUCAUAAUUGUCGCAGUACUCUCUGUCUUCGAAUUGCCGAACUGGCCAAUUUUCUCCCAUUGAGAGUGAAAAUGCCCUUGACGAUUGUUUCCCGCUGUUUUCUUCCUCCUCAUCCUCCUCCUCUGCUGAACAACAACAUCGAAGGCUUUCGAACAUCCCAACUUGACCACUCUAUUGCAACUUGGAUCAACACUUGGUCUGGUCAAUUCGGUCUGGCUGUAAGGCGUCUUCAGGUUGUCAAUCGCUUAUUCGCACCCAGAUUUGUUCUUGAUAACUCUUUGCUUGACUUGAAUUAG